AUGGCGAUCCGCCGUUCCGCGCGCAUUCGUCGCGCCCAGAAUUCCCCAGAUGUUGAGUCUACUCAGGUUGAAGAAAUGACCCCUCAGCCAGUCGCAGCUUCUAGACUUCCCUCUGUUGCCGAGCGCGAGGAAACUGACAGCUCCCAACUCCCGCACAUCCAAACCCCCCUGGCGAAAACUCCUUCUCAAAAAACCCCUCGCGCGUCUGCUAAAAAAAAUCGCGAUAGUAUGAGGACCCCCACCAGUGUGACUGCGGCCCGUCCGUCCCGCGAAGAAAUGCACCCCAGCAAGGCGCAACAGAGCACAACCAAGCACGCAGACUCAGGCCUUCUCCUUGGAUUCAAUCCAAUCAAGAAAGAUGCCAAUGGCAAUGUAGUCAAGCACAGCAUCAGUGACAACACCCCGACCAAAUCCAAGGCGUCUCCUGCGACAGACCAGUUUGGGACCCCAGGAUUCGAAUACAAGUUUCACUCCCAAGAAACGGAACUCAGCGACGAGGCCAAACUGCUCAUGGAAAGCGUGCGCGCCGAUGCGGCUCGGAUCAAGGCGCAAAUGGUUCAGGGCGUCUCAAAGCAAGAACAUGAAGAUCACGAGGCCGCACCAAUUCAGGGAGACCGGAAAAUCGCCAUGCCAAAGGGCAAGGCCAACCGCUUCAGCGACAUCCACAUGGCCGAAUUCAGGAAGAUGGACUCCAUUGCUGGUCACGCUUCAUCUUUCCGCGCUACUCCCGGUCGCUUCCAGCCUGCUACCAAGUCCCUGAAGCGAUCCAAGUCCAAGGCGCAGCUUGACGAACCCGAGAGCCAGAACUCAUCACCUUCUCGCUCUGCCACCAAGGCCUCAACCCUAUCCGCCCCCACGGCCGCCACAACAGCUAAACGUGUCAAGCGCAAUCAAAGCGAGGAUACAUCUACUCGACAUGAGUCACAGACGGAUCAAACGCAGAAGGAUCGAACACGCAAGGUCGAGACUCCUCGCCGACCCGCAGGUCCUCGCCCUCGCCCUCGCGCAGGCGUUCGCAGUUCCCUCAUGACUCCUACACACGCUUCGCUUGCUCGUACGACCUCUACCAGCAUCAAGGCGCCGAGAACCUCAAUGAUCCCAUCGUUGAAAUUCUCUCCAGCUGCCAAAACCGCGGCCUCACCUCGUACUCCUCGCACUGAGUUCAACCCCCGCCUCAAGAGCAAAUUGCCCACCCUCGGUAGCCUUAGAUCUAUUCUUCGUCGACGCCAACCACUCUUCUCUCGCGACCCUGCCAAAAUUGCGUCUGGAACCCACGUUGCGGCGCCUGAUUUCAACCCCAAUUCACUCUUUGGAGGAGCUGGUAAUAUAAGUGACUCGGCUCCUACCCCUUCGCCGAAGAAGCACGUUGAAUUCACUCCGAGUGUCAAGUCUCGUCACGAACUUGCUGUCGCGUCACCCUCUCCUUCCAAGGCACCUUCGGCUCAGCGUCGUUCCAUGGCCGGAGAUGUGGUCUAUCCCACUCUACCGACUCUCACUCCCGAGAAGAACUCAGCCACGUUACCUUCCACGACACCUUCUUCUGCCUUCAAGUCUAUUCGUCAUGUCCGCAAAUCGGAUGCCGCUGACCAACCCGCUCCAUAUCAGGAGCUUCCUGUGGUGACUCACGGCAUUGCUCAUGGCAUUGCCAAUAAAAAGAGACACCGCGAUCAGCUCAACGACGAGGAUACUCCCGGUAAUGUGAAUAGUGAGAAUCUGCCGCCUACCCAUACGCAAUCCGAUGAGCGCAGCACCAAGAGAUUCAAGUCCAAUCCGCCUACUCCAAGCCCGGCGAAGAAACGUCUUAACAAGACUCCUGUUCGUCCUUCUGGCAAAAUUAGCACACCCGCUAGCAAGCAAAAGAGUCGUGGUGUUCUCAGCAUGAGCCGCCUCAACAUGCUUUCGAAGCCGAAGGGACAGACUUAG